AUGGACGAUCUUAGCACUCGAGAGUUGAUCCAGCAGCUGCAGACACAGAUCGAGGCGCAAGCACAAACUAUACGGGAGCAGCAUGAAAUCCAACGCAAGCAGACGGAAGAGCUGGCAGCACUGAGGGCGCAACAACCACCGCCAGAAUUGUCAGCCUCUAACCGGCAUGACAAUAAUGAAGGGAGCCAUCAUGGAGGGCCAUCUGAUCCCUUAGCUGGGAGAAAAAGGGGACCUUCCUCUGUGCGUAUCACCAAUAUGCUCCCAUUCACAGAUGCCAUCAUGCAAGCACACAUGCCGGAUAAACCUCCCCCGGCUUUAGACCGUUAUGAUGGUUCCGCCGAUCCUGACAAUCAUAUGCGUAACUUUAUAGACUCCAUGGCGUUCUACACCGACAGCAAUCCAGUCAUUUGCAGAGCUUUCUCCUUAUCUCUUAAGGAUGAUGCCUUAGAGUGGUUCCACACUCUUCCAGGAAAUUCAAUAGAUUGUUUUGCAACAAUUGAGACUCUGUUCCGAAAACAGUAUGCAACCAAUAAAAAACCGGAGAUGACUGCGGCUGAGCUGGUGAAUACCAAGCAGGAGAAGGAUGAGACGUUGAGGUCGUUCAUGCAACGAUACAAUGAAACCGCCCGGCGUGUGAAGAAUAUCAAUCACACCUUCAUCAUCAGCAAUCUACCUUCGUGUUUAAAGCCGGGGCAUUUUGCAGAACAACUAUAUGCUGACCCUCCCGCAUCUUUAGAAGAUCUGCAAUCCACCAUUGCGAAGUUCAUUCGCAUUGAAGAUCUCCGGAAUUCGCGGAAGAAGCAGCAACAAGAUACCUCCAACCAUGACGCCAAGAAGCCAUUCAAACGUCCCAUCAACGAUUAUAAACCGGAUCGAGCACCUCGAAAAGAGCUGGGAUGGAUAUCAAAAUAUGAUCAUUACACCACCCUUAACGCACCAAGGGCGAAGGUGCUCGAAGAGGCAUUACAGGCCGAACUCUUAACCGUACGACGAAAGGCCACCCCAAAAAAUGCGGAUAACAGUAAAGCCUGCAUAUUCCACAUGAAUCAUGGGCACGACACUGAAGAAUGCAAUAUGGUGAAGGACAAACUGGAACGGCUUAUCCGGGCAGGAUACCUCCAAAAUUACGUUAAAGACAGAAUCUCCGCCAGAGCCACCGCUUCCCCUCGAAAAGGUCCUUUUCGACAAGGCCCCGAGCGAUCGCCUCCCAGAGUCGAACGACGACACAGGAGAUCACGUAGUCUGCCUCGACGGAUAGAACGGGAACGUUCAGUCCGAGGUCGGAUCGACACCAUAUCCGGUGGAUUCGCCGGGGGGGGAGCGUCCUCUUCAGCCAGGAAACGCAGCUUGAGGAAUCUAAAAUCAGUGCACAUGGUCAACCGACAACCCCGGUCGAUCCCCGAUAUUACGUUCACCAACGCAGACUUCCAUGCACCCGACCCUGACCAUGAUGACCCCAUGGUUAUCACCGCCAGCAUAGCUCGAUACGAUGUCAGUAAGGUUCUAAUUGAUCAGGGAAGUUCAGUCAAUAUCCUGUUUUGGUCAACCUUUAAAAAGAUGGACCUAUCCGAAGACCUCAUCGCCCCUUUUAAUGAACAAAUUGUAGGUUUCUCAGGAGAAAGAGUGGACACCCGAGGAUACCUCGACCUACGAACACGACUCAGAAUAACUCUAGAAGCACCAGAACUCAGAAUUCGAUUCUUACUGGUCGAUGCCAAUACUUCGUACAACGCUUUGAUAGGACGACCCUGUCUAAAUGCCUUUGGGGCAAUCGUGUCGACCCCUCACCUAGCCAUGAAGUUUCCUACGGAGCGCAGCACCAUUUGCACUGUAAAGGCAGAUCAACGAACAGCUCGACAGUGUUAUGUUGCGGGAUUGAAACUCUCCCCUCUUGUACCCAUGAGAAAGUCGAGAAGGGCUGAUAUAGCGGCCAUCGAAUUGGACCCGCGAACCAAUACCGAGGACCGUCUCCAUCCUCAGGGCGAUGUCAAACUCCUUCCGUUAAUGAAGGACCCGAACAAAACUACGACCAUUGGUGGGAACCUGGAUUUUAACGAUGAACAAAAUCUGGGACGUAUAUUACGAAAUAACGCAGACCUGUUCGCUUGGACAGCUGCUGAUAUGCCAGGAAUCCACCCUGGAAUCAUGGCACACAAGUUGUCCAUCUUCCGAGAAGCACGACCCGUCACACAAAAGAAACGACGGUUCGGGGAAGAGAAACGUAAAGCCAUCCAGGUCGAGGUGGAAAAGUUGAUGAACGCCCGGUUCAUCAAGGAGUUAACUUACACCACCUGGUUGUCGAACGUAGUUAUGGUCAAAAAGUCUAGCGGCCAGUGGAGAAUGUGUGUCGAUUUCACCGACCUCAACAAAGCAUACCCCAAAGAUUCAUAUCCUUUGCCUAGCAUAGACCGCUUGGUAGACGGAGCGUCCGGUCAUGCAAUACUCAGUUUCCUCGACGCGUACUCGGGAUACAACCAAAUCCCCAUGUACGCACCCGACCAGAGCAAAACAGCCUUCAUCACUGAACAGGCUAAUUACUGUUAUGAAGUAAUGCCAUUCGGUUUGAAGAACGCAGGGGCUACCUAUCAACGUCUGAUGGAUAAAGUCUUCCAUCAACAGAUAGGACGUUGCAUGGACGUCUAUGUCGAUGACAUGGUAAUCAGAAGCAACUCCAUGGAACAACACCUGCAUGAUAUAAAAGAGGUAUUCAGCCAAAUCAGCAGGUAUAACAUGCGUCUCAACCCUUCCAAAUGUACUUUCGGGGUACCAGCAGGAAAAUUCUUGGGUUUCAUGCUUACCAGUCGAGGCAUCGAAGCUAAUCCAGAUAAGUGCAAAGCCGUGCUCGACAUGACUUCUCCAAAAACUCUGAGGGAGGUACAACGUCUGGUAGGGAGGCUCACAGCCCUGUCUCGCUUCAUACCGAAACUAGCCGAACAUAUCAAACCCAUUCUGAAGAGUCUAAAAAAGGACACCACGCAACACUGGAAUGACGAUUGCGAGACCGCAUUCGACAAGGUCAAACAUAUACUCACUAGCCCUCCCAUUAUGGCUCGACCAGACGCUGGAUCCAACUUAUUAUUAUACAUUGCGGCAUCCCAUCAAGCCGUAAGCGCUGCCUUGAUACAGGAGGUUCCAUCAUUCAAGCUUAUAUACUUCAUCAGCCGUACGCUACAGGGAGCGGAAGAGAGAUAUUCUCAGAUCGAGAAGAUCGCAUUGGCCCUCCUUACGGCUUCGCGUCGACUCCGACCAUACUUCCAGAGCCAUCAGGUAACAGUUCGCACCGAUCAUCCUAUUGCUAAGAUACUCCGUAAACCCGAUUUAGCAGGACGUAUAGUCGCUUGGUCAAUAGAACUGUCAGAGUUCGGUCUCCGCUACGAGCCAAGGGGAUCCAUUAAGGGUCAACAUUUGGCAGACUUCGCCACCGAGUUAGUACCCCCACCGGGAAGUUCAACAAUAAAAUGGCUCCUCAGCGUCGACGGAUCCUCAGACAAAAGGGGAGGAGGAGCCGGUGUUCUCUUAGAAGGACCGGAUGGCUUAAUUAUAGAGCAAGCCAUCAUGUUCAAAUUUCAUGCCAGCAACAAUCAAGCAGAGUAUGAAGCCUUAAUUGCUGGUCUAUCCCUGGCUGUCGAACUCCAGAUUACUUGCCUAGAGUGUCGGAUGGAUUCGCAGUUGGUUGUCGGACAGGUUAACGGAACUUAUCAAGUCAAAGAUAAUCAGUUGUUGCGCUAUUUCCACAAAACCCAGACCUUGCUUCACAACUUCACAGAGUUCAGCAUCGUCCAUAUACCCAGGGAGCAAAACGCAAGGACAGACAUCUUGUCCAAAUUAACUCACUCCAAGGAGCGAGCACAGUUAUCUUCAAUAAUUAAGAUGACGCUAGACCACCCAGUUGUGGAAACACUCGCCAUCGACAUGUCGACCCCCAAAGUAGAUUGGCGUCUAAAAAUCAAAGAUCUCAUGAUGAAGCAAGAACAAGGAGAAGAUAUUACAGUGACCGACUCCAAACGCAUUGCACGUUUUGUGUGCAUAGGCGACGACCUUUAUCGCCGUGGGCACAGCUCUCCCCUGUUGAAAUGCAUAUCCGAGGAAGAGGCCGACUACGUUUUACGCGAGUUACAUACAGGGAUAUGUGGAUUCCACUCGGGUAAACGAACACUCAAGGCCCGGAUUCUUCGCGCAGGAUAUUACUGGCCCACGAUCGACCACGAUUGUGAAGAAUUCGUAAAGAAGUGUGUCUCCUGCCAAGCACAUGGCAACGAAAUUCACGCACCGCCAGAGGAAUUGCACGGCAUUGUCGCCCCAUGGCCGUUCGCUCAGUGGGGUCUCGACAUAGUCGGACCAUUACCACCUGCCAAAGCACAAAACAAGUUCCUCCUUGUUGCGGUCGAUUACUUCACAAAGUGGAUAGAAGCCGAACCACUGUCCGUCAUUAGCGCCCAACGGGUGCAGAAGUUCAUUUGGCACCUCAUCUGUCGGUUCGGCCUGCCGCAAAAAAUCAUCACUGAUAAUGGUCGACAAUUCAUCGAACGUAAGUUAGAAGAAUUCCUUAACAGUUUGGGCAUCAAACAUAUCACCUCAUCAGUCGAACAUCCACAAACGAAUGGCCAAGCCGAGGCCGCGAAGAAGGCCAUACUCACUGAAUUGAAGAAGCGACUCGGCGAAGCUAAAGGUUUGUGGGUAGAGGAGCUGCCAGAGGUCUUGUGGGCAUAUAGAUGCACUCCUCACGGAUCCACAGGAGAUACGCCAUUCAACCUAACUUAUGGCACCGAUGCAAUGCUCCCAGUCGAGGUCGGAGAACCUUCAUUAAGACGAAAUAUCACAGAUAUGUCGCUCAAUGAAGAACAACUACGAAUAAACCUCGACAUUCUUCCUGAACGUCGAGAGAUCGCCAUCAUCCGGGCCGAGGCACAAAAGAGAGUGCUCAGUCGCCGUUACAACAGCAAGGUCAAACCCAGAUCCUUCAAAAUCGGCGAUCUCGUGUGGAGAAAACGAGGAGAGGCUAGGAAAAAUCGCACACACGGUAAGCUAGCCUCCAAUUGGGAGGGCCCUUUCCGUAUAGCCGAGGAUAUGUCUAAUGGCGCAUACCGCCUCCAACUUCUCGACGGGCAGCCCAUUCCCAACACAUGGAAUGCUACUCACCUCAAAUUUUAUUUUAGUUAG